AGAAAACCAAAGAGUUCUGUAUACUUGUGUAUAAGUAAAAUGUCAACUGUCCGUACGUAGUACUAUUCCGUGGUACUCUCCUAUAAUAUUAGUACUAACUUUCCCCUCUCUUAAUUAGAUAUCUGUCCUCCGAUUAAAGCGAGAAAAGGAAUCAAGAUGAAGAUGAUGUGGUGUCCUGAAACUGCCACAAAGGCAUAUCUCAACACUGUGAAAUAUUGCAAUAAAUCCGGUACAAAGAAUCUUGGUGCUCUCGAGUUCAUCUCGGCCAUGGCAGCCGGUUGGAAAGCCAGCUUAAUAGUGGAGGCGCUAGGGUUCAAUAUGGAUGGCAGCGGUGUUGCGGCAGCCAUCAAAAACAGCAUCGGUCUCGCAAUCGCCGCUUAUCACUCCGGCGGAAGACACGUUUGUAUUGUACCUAAUGAAGAGGCAAGAGUUGACUAUAUUUGCGCCAUGCAAAGAAUAUUACUCCCGGGAUCGGGCGUGAUGUACUCGUUACCGGAAGUGGUGGUCGGAAAAGCGGAGGAGGUGAUGGAGAGGCUGAACGGCGUUGACUUUCUGGUGGUUCACGGCGGUCGCAGUGAGGAUUAUUAUGGAAGGGUUUUACGUCAUGCGAAGUUUGGCCAUCUUGGUGCUGUUAUAAUAGUUUUGCAAAAUUCAGCCAUUCGUAAUAUCACUGAUGAUGACAAGAUGGCCUUUAGUACUAAUUAUGGGUUCAUGAUGAGAUGGAAGGAAGUUCUUCAAAACAAUAGAAAUGUGGUGAGAUCGAGGUUUGUUCCAAUUGGGAGUGAAGGCAUCGAUGUCGCAUAUGUUGCUGGUCAAAAGUCGAGUUGCUUGAAGAACAAAUUAGGCCCUAAUGGACGUUGGAUCAAAUACAUCGAUCGGCGAUCAGGUGAAGAGCAUCUAUUCCGGAGAUGAUCAGAUUCAAAUUAUCGGGGGGAUUUGCUGAUGAAUCGUUAUAAAUUAUCCCCUCCUUUCCAAAAAAGAGUCAUGAUAGUUUUUUUUUUUUUUUCGAGGAGUUAUGAAGCACCCAUUGUAAAAAUGAAAUUAACUUAGGCUGAUUAUCUAAUAGCGAUAUAUCCUUUAGGAUUACCAGUAGCUAUCUAGUUGAACCCAUCACGCACAUUCUGGCUUGUAUAGUUAAUUGUAAAACGGCCAAAAAAUAAAAUAAAGAACCAUACAAUGUAAAAAUUUUUGCCUUGUGAAAUUGCACUAUUGCUGUAUACAGUUUGAU